AUGGUGCGUGCGUGGCAUCAGUGCUGCUGCGACUCUACCGUGCAAUUUCUAACCUGUGCCACCACAUGUAUCACCAGACUGAAACUGGAGGAGGACACGCGCAGAAAACUGGAGACAGAGCGUGAGCGUUCCGAGCGUGAGCAGAGGACGGAGCGCGACCGGUCGGAGCGGGAGCAGCGAGCGGAGAGGAGCCGGGAGCCGACCUCUCACGCGGUGGCUCCCAGCGCCCGGGAGCGGAGCCCCGUGCGUCCGGUGGACACCGGGGCCACGGGCUCACUGAAGGCGGAGCCGCGCACAUCUGGCGCCAGGGAGAGCCGCUCUCCGGGCGAGCGCCGUUCGGCGAGCUCCGGGGGCGAGCAGCAGACCUCGCCGGCCGCCUACCGACCGUACCUUCCGUCUCCGGUGCCUCGUCCGGCUCCGCGCGAGCCGCCGCUGGACCUCCGCACGGGGGCCGAGCCCGCACCGGCCGCGCCGGCUGUCACCACCACCACCGCCGCCGCCGCGCCGCCGCUUGUCAAGCCCCGCUCGCACAAGAAGACCACCGUGGUGCGGCCGUUCGAAGACACGGUCAGCACCCCGGCCGAGCCCGCCGUCCCGGUGCCGACCCCGGCGGCGCCCGCGCCGGUGGCGGAGGCGCCGCUGAACCUCAGUGAGCGCAGCCGCCCGGCCGAGCGGGCCGAGCCGCCGCCGGCCGCGGCAGCGCCCGCCGAGCAGCUGACCAGCACCCUGGACCAGCGCGAGGAACUGCGCCGGCGCGGCCUGAAGACGGAGGAGCCGGAGCCGGUGCGUCACCUGGACCUGCUGACCGGCCCGCCCUGUGAGACGGUCACCUCUCCCGAGAAACUGCAGUUCCUCGCGCAUGUGGGACUCACCACGCACAGCUUCAAAAACGACGUGGAACUGAAGAAGUGCGAGCGUCGCGCUGCUCUGCACCUGCCCCUGUCGGCCGCGACCAGCCCCGAGGGAGCCGCCGAGCCGGAGAAGGAGCCUGAACCGGAGCCGCGGCCCAGCUCCCAGCUAACCGCAGCGCUGAACGAGGCUGCCGACAUGCCGGCCAAGCUGCUGUUCCUGGAGAGGCUCGGGUUGCGGCCGGUCGCUGCCGGGGACACCGCGCCGGCGGCCGCCGCGGGGAUGGCCGUACAGGCGGCCGGAGCCAGCGGAGCCGGAUGCAGCGGCGGCUCCCCGUCCACGGCGGGAUCAUCGUCCAGUGGAGCCGGGUCGCCCUCACAGAGGAAGUCAGACAACUCUAGUCGCCGCGACUCUGCGCCGGUCGAGGAGAAGGGCAGGAGGAACCGGUCCUCGCCUUCCUCCCGCUCCAGCCGCUCCUCCCGGCAGAGUCCCCAGGCCGCACAGACGGCGCCGGGCGCGGCCCGUCAGCCCGCCUCCAGCCCGCCGGCGCCGCCGCCCGCGCCCGAGGCGGCGCCGCGCCUGGCCCUACCCGGCGCCGCCUGGCCUGGCAUGCAGGCCGUCACACAAAUGUACACGGCGUACAAUAAAGAGCGCGCGGCGGCCACGGAUCAGGCUCGCCGUACCCAGGAGCGGCUGCGCGCGCAGCAGGCUCGCCUGGAGGAGACCUCCCGCGGCCUGGCGCUGCGGCUGAACCGCCAGGUGGCGUUCCGCAGUCUGCAGUGGCGCCAGCGCGAGGCCAUCCAGGAGCAGCUGGACCGGCUCGGAGCCCUGGUGCGCGCGCUGCCCACCCGCGCCCGGCGGAAACACUAG